UCUGGUGAAUCAGAGUGUCAUUCUACAGUUCUGCGGGGCUGCGUGAACAGAUGACAUGAUAUCUUCUUCCUCUGAUGAAAGAAUAUGAUCUGCUGUAGCCUACAGCGGGGGUGGUUGAGGACCAGAACACGCAUCCACCAAGGCGGGAGCGCGCAUUGUGAAGAGGCGGGGCAGCGGGAAUAUCUCUUUCCGGACAUUUACCGAUGUUUACCUCCACCUGCCCGCGCGACGCGCCCAGUUCCAAGGUUUUUAACAGCGAUAGUAUCAACGGACAUGACAAAGUUCCCAAAUCCAGGACUACCGAGGUUGUGGAGAGAUGGACUGAGGGAUGUGUGUGAGUGAGUGAGUGAGUGACGCGUAAUUCAGAGUGCAAAGACACAGAGAGACGUGACAGUCCCGCGUCCCAUUGUGACAUAGCUACGCAGCUCUGAGACCACUGUCCGCGGAGGGGACACACAGCCAUAACGGAACAUUCCUAACCAACGCGGCUCUGAGACCACUGUCCGCGGAGGGGACACACAGCCAUAACGGAACAUUCCUAACCAACGCGGCUCUGAGACCACUGUCCGCGGGGGGAACACACAGCCAUAACGAGGCUGAGUAACCCGCGGUAACAGACAUGCCCAAACCUGAUCUACUGUGUUUGGUUCAACUACUGGACAACACUAUCCAGACCUUUACAGUCAACAAGCAGGAUGCAGGUGAGGUUUUGCUGGAGCAGGUGUGUAACCAGCUGGGUCUGCUGGAGAGACACUUCUUCAGUCUGCAGCUACGAGACUCCAACACCACCAUCGUCACUCAAACACACUCUCCUAGGUGGCUGGAGGCCAACAAACCACUGAAGAAGCAGUUGAAAGGAGUUGUCUCUCCAUUCUACCUGACCCUCCGAGUCCGAUUCUUCAUCUCAGACCCCAACUCUCUACAGCAUGACCAGACCAGACAUAUGUACUUCCUCCAGAUCAGAAGUGACAUCAGAGAGGGCAGGUUGAAGUGUCCUCUGAGUGCAGCUGUAGUACUGGCCUCCUAUGCUGUGCAGUCUGAGCUAGGCGACUACUCCCCAGACCUUCUCCCUGGUUACCUGUCCAAAAGCCACUUCCUCCCAGAGCAGGAUGAUGACUUCCUGUCUAGAGUGGAGGCUCUGUACCCAGGGCACAGGGGGCUGAAGCAGAGUGAGGCAGAGCUGUGUUUUCUCAACACAGCAAGAACUCUGGAGCUGUAUGGAGUGGAGCUACACACUGCCAUGGACUCCAACAGUUCCCCUCUAUUGGUGGGAUUGGCCUCAGGGGGCGUGGCUAUCUUCUGUAACAUGAUUUGCUCCAGUUUCUUCCCCUGGGUGAACAUCAUCAAGAUAUCCUUCAAGAGGAAACGCUUCCUUAUGCAGCUCAAACGCAAACAUGGGGAGACGCAGGACUGUGUGGUGAGCCUGGUGCUGCCGUGCCCCAGGGCCUGUAAGAACCUGUGGAGGUCAUGUGUGGACCAUCACUGCUUCUUCCACACCAACCUGGCAACCCGUAGCCAACACCACACCAACCUGGCAACCCAGAUACACAACAAGCUGCUCUCACAACACUGGGCCUUGGGCAACACUAAAACAGACAGUGGUCCAGUGUGUAAAAAAGUGAUGGGUGGGAUGGAGUGGAACCCAGCUCUGAGGGGAUCCACCUCGUCAGAACACCUGGAGACCAAGAGCCUACCGUCCCGAUCCCCCCCGCUCACACCCAACUGGCGGAGUCCUCGUGUGCGUCAUGGCGCCCGUAAACCCCGCCCCUCCUCAGUGGAGCUGAACAAUGACCUGCGAGACGUGUCAGAGGGGGAGGAUGUCUUUUACACCUACAGGGUCUCCCUCAGCAGCAGCAGGGGCAGCCAGGAGGGCACGCCUACACACAGCCAAGGAGGCGGAUGGUCGCAGGUUGAUGACAUCGGCACAGGAGAGGAAGACAUUAAGGCCACCUCUCACUACCGGGACAAGCGUGCUCUGGGGGAUGGCGACCUGCUAUUGGUGCGUCUCGCUCCUGAUCACGACGGAAAGUUUGGUUUCAAUGUCAAAGGUGGCGUGGACCAGAAGAUGUCCCUGGCCAUAUCCCAGGUCAACCCUGACUCCCCUGCGGGGCGGGUUGAGCCCAGGUUGUUGGAAGGUGACCAGGUCGUGCUGAUCAACGGUCGCGACAUCUCUGAACACACGCAUGACCAGGUGGUCAUGUUUAUAAGAGCCAGCAGAGAGUCCCACUCCAGAGAGCUGGCUCUGCUUAUACGACGCAAAGGUCCAGGGCGUGUGGCACCCCUGCUGCAGUUUCCCUCUGCCCUGUCUCUGACUGGCCAAUCACACAGUGAGCCACUGCUUCUGCCUGGCCAAUCAGAACAAGGCCAGACACUUGAAGAGUCCAUGAAACAACUGGAGAGGGGAAUCCAGACAGGCACUCUCACCUUCCACUUCGAGAACCUGUACAUGAGGAAGCCUGGCCUGUCAGUAGCCUGCGCUCGUCUCCCUGAGAACACAGACAAGAACAGAUACAAGGACGUGCUGCCCUAUGACGUCUCCAGAGUGGUACUUCAGGACCAAGAGGACUACAUCAAUGCAAGCCACAUCACGGUGGUGCCCCCAGGGUCUGGUGUGUGUCUGCGCUACAUUGCAGCUCAAGGACCGCUGCCUCAGACCUGCACUCACUUCUGGCAGAGUGUGUGGGAGCAACACACACACACCAUCAUCAUGCUCACCACACUCACCGAGAGAGGACGGACUAAGUGCCACCAGUACUGGCCACACCCUCCUGAAGUGAGGGAUUAUGGGUACCUGAGGGUCAGCUGCCACUCUGAGGAAUGCAACCUGGCCUACGUCACACGCCAAUUCACCCUAACACACACACAGCUGGGUGAGGAGCGUUCGGUGACCCACCUGCAGUAUGUAGCAUGGCCAGACCAUGGUGUACCUGAUGACCCCUCAGACUUCUUGCUGUUCAUCACCUCUGUUAGAGAGAGGAGGACAGGAGACACACCACUUAUGGUGCACUGCAGCGCAGGAAUUGGGCGUACGGGUGUUCUCAUUACCAUGGAGACGGCGUUGUCGCUGUUGGAGAGCGGUCGACCUGUGUUCCCUCUGGACAUUAUCAGGAUGCUCCGAGACCAGAGGGCCAUGAUGAUCCAAACCACGUGUCAGUUCCGGUUUAUGUGUGAGGCCAUCCUGCGUGUCUACAGAGAGAGAGGAGAGCAUUCUGCAGCACCACCUUCAGCACUGCUAACGGACCAUUAACAGGAGGAUGGGGGGACAGCUAGCCACAAUGCUAGGCACAAUGCUAGGCUAACAGCUAGCCACAAUGCUAGGCUAACAGGAGGUGGGGGGGACAGCUAGCCACAAUGCUAGGCUAACAGGAGGUGGGGAGACAGCUAGCCCCAGCGCUAGGCUAACAGGAGAAGAGGACUGCUAGCCCCAGCGCUAGGCUAACAGGAGAAGAGGACCACUAGGCUGUAGCCAUAGAGAGCCAGAGCACUCCACUAGCCUUAAGUGCUCGGCAACGGCUAGCCUUCUGUUGCUACAGCACAUAACGAGCCAUAGUGCCGAAUGUGCUCAGCUAGUCCUAUCCUUAUGUUACCCAUAGAGCACCGCUAGCAGGGAAGGACCAUGUAUGUAAAGGUCUUUUUAUUUAUUUUUUAUUCUCUGGGACCAAAGUGCUACUGUAUGAGUGACUGAAGACUAUCUCAGUUCCUCCUGAGUGGCGGCUAUAGGAUUGACUGGUCUGUCUGUCUUGUUGGGAGAGUGUUGAGGAUUUCGGUGGAUUCACAGUAGAGACUAACACUGCCAGAGCCACCACACACUACCCCCGCUCCCACCUUCCCUAAAUUAUUGACACACUGAAUAAACACACUGACAUCUA